AUGACUUCCACGAACUAUGCAGACUAUUCUACCGGUACCGGCUUUAUAGGAUGGUAUAUCGCAGCAACGCCUGAGCCAAUUAUCUGUACGUCCAAUGGCGCCUUCACUACAAGCGGCACCAUCGGUGACUGUAGUGAGUCGUCCGGAGAUCAACUAGCCACAGCGUGCCAUGCCGGAUCAAGUGUUGUGAGAGGUUCUUCUACGACAGCAUGCGGUACCGGCUCGACGUGCGACUAUUACAGAAUCUUUAAUACUGUCGGCCAAGAUGGACUGGGCGCCUUGACAAGAUACGCCUGUGUGGAUAAUUGGGCUGCCAACAGUCUUUAUCGAACUCUGCCUGCGGAAUACCUGGCUACUACUACAUCAUCUUCGGCUGCACCGACUUCUGCUACAACGACGGGGACAACCAAAUCGACAAACACUUCGUUCUCUACUUCCACGUCUGCAACCACGACGUCCCCAACACCAACCGGCGGCGCCGGUACAUCGGGCUCUUCCAGCUCAGGCCUCGGCGGCGGGGCAAUUGCAGGAAUCGUCGUAGGAUGUGUGGCAGCUGGCGCUAUCCUUGCUGUGCUGGUUGUCUUCCGCAGGAGACUUAUGAGCUGCUUUGGAUAUCACAAGACAACUGACUCUCACGGACCCUGGUCUCCCGUCUACAUGCCACCGCAGACGCAGUCGGUAUCCCAGUCAAACUCUCAAUCUCAGCCAAUUUCCGAGCUUUCUGGGCAGCGAAAUGUUUACGAGAUUGGGUCUUCGCAGGUUGGGGCUGAUGCUGUUCCUGAGAUGAGAUCUUGA